AAGAAGAAAGCACAACAUCCCUGUAAGCCACCGACUUGUAGAAUCACAGGGAAUAACAGAGCUGUAAUAUCAACUCACCUUCUGAAGAUCAGACAUGAAACUGUACUGUCUGUCAGGUCAUCCCACUCUGCCCUGUAAUGUCCUCAAGUUUAAAUCCACCACCAUCAUGCUGGACUGUGGUCUGGACACAACAGCGGCUCUCUAUUUUCUGCCUCUGCCUUUAGUUCACAGUCCACGAUUAUCUAAACUCCCAGGAUGGGUUUCCAAAGACGGAGCAAUAAACCUGGAAAAGGAGCUGAAGGAGUGCUCAGGACGUGUGUUUGUCGACUCACAGCCUGAAUUUUGCCUGCCUGAAAAAGAGCUGCUCGACCUCUCCACUAUAGACGUGAUCCUGAUAUCCAACUAUCACUGUAUGAUGGCGCUGCCGUACAUCACUGAACACACAGGUUUUACAGGGACCGUUUACGCCACGGAACCCACCCUUCAGAUCGGCAGGUUGCUGAUGGAGGAGUUGGUGACGUUCAUGGAGAGAGUUCCCAAAGCUCAUGCUGCCUCCUGCUGGAAGAACAAGGAGAUACAGAGGCUACUCCCGGGUCCUCUGAAGGACGCAGUGGAGGUGUGGAGCUGGAGAAAGUGCUACAGCCUGCAGGAAGUCAAUUCAGCCCUCAGUAAAGUGCAGCUGGUGGGAUACUCUCAGAAAGUGGAGCUGUUCGGAGCAGUACAGGUCACGCCGCUCAGUUCAGGAUAUUCUCUGGGCAGCUCAAACUGGAUCAUCCAAUCACAUUAUGAGAAAGUGUCGUACGUCUCUGGUUCAUCUCUGCUCACCACACACCCUCAGCCGAUGGAGCAGAGCUCUCUGAAAAACAGCGACGUCCUCAUCCUGACAGGCCUGACUCAGAUCCCCACCGCCAACCCAGACGGCAUGCUGGGAGAAUUCUGCAGCAACCUGGCUAUGACGGUCCGUGCCGGAGGGAACGUGUUGGUGCCCUGUUACUCCUCAGGCGUCAUCUAUGAUCUGCUGGAGUGUCUGUAUCAGUUCAUGGACUCCGCCAAUCUGGGAACCACACCGUUCUACUUCAUCUCCCCUGUGGCCAACAGCUCACUGGAGUUCUCGCAGAUCUUCGCUGAAUGGUUGUGUCAGAACAAGCAGUCCAAGGUUUAUCUGCCAGAGCCGCCGUUUCCUCACGCUGAGCUGAUUCAGACCAAUAAGCUGAAGCAUUACCCCAGUAUUCAUGGAGACUUCAGCAGUGAGUUUCGCCAGCCGUGGGUGUUCACGGGUCAUCCGUCUCUGCGCUUCGGGGAUGUGGUGCACUUCAUGGAGCUCUGGGGGAAAUCCAGCCUCAACACCAUCAUUUUCACUGAGCCGGAUUUCUCCUAUCUGGAUGCUCUAGCUCCAUACCAGCCGCUGGCCAUGAAGUGCGUUUACUGUCCUAUAGACACACGGCUCAACUUCCACCAGGUGUCCAAACUCCUGAAGGACAUCCAGCCUCUUCAUGUGGUGUGUCCAGAGCCGUACACACAGCCUCCUCCUUCUCAGCCUCACCGCUCAGACCUGAUGCUGGAGCUGCAGCCUCCACCCAUGGCCUACCGCCGCUGCUCCGUCCUCAGGCUGCCCUUCAGACGCCGAUACGAGCGCAUUCACCUGCUGCCGGAGUUGGCCAAAUCUCUGGUUCCCUCAGAGGUGAAGGCUGGAGUAUCUGUGGCCACAGUGUCUGCGGUUCUGCAGUCCAAAGACAACAAACAUGUCCUGCAGCCGGUGCCCAAAGUGGCUCCAGUGGCUCCCAGUAAGAAGAGGAAGCGUGUGCUGGAGGAGCCGCCAGAGCAGAUGAAGCCCAAAACACUGCUGAGCGGAGCUGUUCCUCUGGAGCCCUUCCUGGCCACAUUACACAAGAACGGCAUCAUGGAGGUGAAGGUGGAAGAGACGGCGGACGGACACAUUCUGCACCUGCAGGCGGAGGACGUGCUGAUCCAGCUGGAGGAUGACGCCACACACAUCAUCUGCGACAACAACGAGCCGCUGCGCUCCGCUCUCAGAGACCUGGUGCUGCGCUUCCUGCAGAAACUUUGAACACACACACA